GUGGGGCCGGCCCAAAGCAGCUCGCGGGGCGCUGGGCCCUAGGUGCGGAGCCUCGGGGUGGCAGGACCUAACGAAUAAUGAGGCCCAGUGGAUGAUAGUGGACUCCACCAAAACCUUCUGCCCUACAAUCCUGAGUGAUAUAGUGAAGACUGACUGGAGACCAUCUCUCUCAGUGCCUAGCUAUAAACACCCGCCCCGGGAUGCUCUGGGCAUGGCCUCUGGAGCCCCACAGAACAACAGCCAGAUGGCCUGUGGUGCAGAGAUUCCGGGCUUCCUGGAUGCGCUUCUCCAAGACUUCCCAGCCCCACUGAGCCCAGAGAGUCCUCUGCCAUGGAAGGCCCCAGGGACAACACUCAGCCAGGAAGAGGUGGAGGCUGAGCUGGCUGAGCUGGCCAUGGGCUUCCUGAGCAGCAGGAAUGCUCCACCAUCACUUGCUGCAGCUCUGACACAUGAGGCAAUUUCCCAUCUGCUAAAGACAGACCUUUCCGAAUUUAGGAAACUGCCCAGACAGGAGGAAGAAGAUGACGAUGAGGAAGAGGAGAAGGCUCCGAUGACCUUGCUAGAUGCCAAAGGCCUGGCACGACGUUUCUUUAACCAGCUCUGGGAAGUAUGUGACCAGUGGCAGAAGCAGGUGCCAUUGACUGCCUGGACCCCACAGCGGCAGUGGCUGGUCUCCAUCCAUGCCAUCCGGAACACUCGCCGCAAGAUGGAGGACCGGCACGUGUUCCUUCCCACCUUCAACCAGCUCUUUGGCUUGUCUGACCUCAUUGACCGUGCCUACUUUGCUGUGUUUGAUGGUCAUGGAGGUGUGGAUGCUGCAAGGUAUGCUGCUGUUCAUGUGCAUACCAAUGCCGCCCAUCAGCCAGAGCUGCCCACAGAUCCUGCGGGAGCCCUCAAAGAAGCUUUCCGACGCACAGAUGAAAUGUUUCUCUGGAAAGCCAAGCGAGAGCGGCUGCAGAGUGGCACCACAGGUGUGUGUGCACUCAUCACAGGAACCACCUUGCAUGUCGCCUGGCUCGGGGACUCCCAGGUCAUCCUGGUGCAACAGGGACAGGUGGUGAAGCUGAUGGAACCACACAAACCUGAACGACAGGAUGAGAAGGCACGCAUUGAAGCACUGGGCGGCUUCGUGUCUUUCAUGGACUGCUGGAGAGUCAACGGGACCCUGGCUGUCUCCAGAGCCAUAGGGGAUGUCUUCCAGAAGCCCUAUGUGUCUGGGGAAGCAGAUGCAGCCUCCUGGGAGCUGACGGGUUUCGAGGACUACCUGCUGCUUGCCUGUGAUGGCUUCUUCGAUGUCGUCCCCCACCAGGAAGUCACUAGCCUUGUCCACAACCACUUGGUCAGGCAGCAGGGCUGUGGUCUUCACGUCGCUGAGGAUCUGGUGGCUGCAGCCCGGGAGCGGGGUUCCCAUGACAACAUCACAGUCAUGGUGGUCUUCCUUAGGGACCCCCAAGAGCUGCUGAAGAGCAAGAUCCAGGGUACAGGGAACUCCCAGGCAGAUGUGAGAAGCCAGAACUUGCUCUCUGGCUUCUCAGAGCCUGAGACCAACACUCCACAGAGAAGCUAAGGUGGUCCAGGCCCCAUACCAUCCCAUCUUGACCCCUCCCGCUCCAUCCUUGUGAUUACCCCCCUUAGAGGCCUUAGGACCCGACAGGCGGUAGUGGGCAGAGGUUGCCCACCCAUACAGCGCUUCCCCCAGUCCCCCCAAGCCGCUCAUGGUGCGUGUUGCAGCCUGUCCUGGUGGCACCCAUAGAACUGCAUCAGGCAGCUGGUAUGUCUCAGAAGGAAACAUAGGGAAAAGAUCUCACCAAAGAGAAGAUGGCCCUGGAAGUGAGCCAGCUCUUUAUCCCACCUCCCAUCAGAGCAGGGGUAAGACCAGAGACCACAAGCACCCAGUGGCAGCCCAAUCAAAGACAGGGUGUGCAUGUGGAACAGCAGGCUGCACAUGUGCAUGUGGAAUCCUCGGACAGACCCAGGAGCCCCAGACAUCUUUAAGCAUGACCUGGGUCAGGCCCAGAAGGCAGGGUAUCCAGCCCAGGUUUCUCAUGGCUCCUCACUAUGGCCCUGGUCUUGGCUGUGGCUGGAUAGGGUUUAUAUUGACAGGCCCACAGGUCAUGUCAGCUUCCAAAAGAAAAGAAAGUGGCCUUGCUAGAAAGGGAGCAUGAGGGAUUUGGUUCACAGCAGCCAUUAGGCAGCCUGUGAUGUGCUAAGACCUUCCAGGCCCUCUCCCUUUUUCCCUUGAGCACCCUGGGGAGGUGGAGUUCAGAACCUACAACAUGACACGCAUGUGUCUUUUGUGUAUGUUCAGAUUUUAUUCCAGGGAAAAGUCUAAUCCAGAAGCAGUAUUUCAGGUUUAUCUUUGUUUUUUUCAGUGCCAAGAUGACCUACAGUGUCAUGUAAUUUAACAGAGAUUAGUGUUUUAUUUCUUAGAAAAUUUAAGUAUUUACACUUUAUUUUUUUCUUUUUUAAACUAUUUUCUUGUGGAAGCUUUUUUGUUGCAGUAUUACUGAAUUUUUUUCUAAAUCAGGAUUGAAACAGAAACUUUUCCAGGUGGUAUUAAUAAGCCACUCAAGUGCCUUAAAAGCUUUGUGGGUAGUUGAGAACUACUGAACCCGCCAUGGAUCUUGAUAGGUGUGUUGAAGUUCUCACAAAAGCAGCAUUUGUUUUGUUAGGAAGGCAUGAUUUUUAGCUAGAUAUCCUUCUGAAAGAGUUAUUUUGCCUCUGUGAUGCCAGGCACCCUUAAGAGCCUCCCUGAGGUGACUGGCAGAAGCCAUGGCUACUGUGGGGCCAUAACCCAUGCCCAUACUACAGGGUUGUGGGCAUCUGGGGUGACAUCUAUCUCCUUACUCACCCCCUGGGCCCGACCACAAGCAGAGGAACCUAUUGCUGUUUGACUGGAAUGUUCCAGAAUAUCUUUGUGUAUUUGUAAUCACAUUGAUUUCUUUGGGAAAAACAAUUAAGAGGGCCUGGCAAGACUGGAGACAGCCCAGCAUCUCCAGCUUUGUCUGGAGGCAGUGGGAAUGCUUCUGGCUGCCUUAUAGCAUCAGCCACAGCUCCUCCUCUGGCUACUGUAACUGGUAUCCUCCCUUGCUGGGCUCUGCCCUAUAGCCUGAACAGUUGUGAGAGAUUCCCAUAUCACCUAGAAGGUGAAGCUUAUAAGCGAUAAUACUUAGGUGCCUAAAGGGGCUCAUGUAGUGUAUGUAGAGUCAAAAGUGGCAAGGCUAGUGAAGAAGCCAGGCAGAGGGCAGGGACAAUAGGGGAGCGGGGAGGGUUGAACAACUUGGGAGGCCCUUCAGGAGUAGCCUCAGUGGGAAGGACUAAGUGGUGGGCAGGGCUGCUCCACAGAGGCUAGCAGAUCCAAAGGGCAAUGGAUGGUUCAGCCAAGGCUUAUGGAAGUGGCAGUAGGCGGAAGCUUGGCUAUGAGGUCCAUUCAAUGAUAAUCAGAGCCCACCUGAAGACAGCAGGGCCCCAGGAAGGUCUGCACGGCUGUGCUCAGAUUGCCUCAGCUCUUCUCUCAGCUCAGAACAGGUGGGUGUUCAAGAGCCCCCCACUCCCAUCCCAAGGCAAGUUCACUGUCCACAAGAAGGGAGGGAGCCAAUCUUGGUAGGGCAUGCCAGAUGCAUGCUCAGUGUUCACCCCUCAUUCCCAGAGCAGGGAUGAAGAAAUUAAGACCAUGUAGUCAGUGCCUUGCUCAAGGUCUCCUAAUAGAAAGCAUCUUAAACACUGUCAUUUAGAGAAUUGUUGGUCACCAACAAUGACCAGGUAUUGCUUAGCUUGAAGGCCCUGCUGCCUUCUGGGGGCCAGAAACCAGAACCCCUUGUGCCCUCUCAGCACAGGGCUGAGCAAAAUGCAGGGUUGUGGUUCCACCCUUCACUAUCAGUGCAUCGUGCCCCUGCAGUGACCUUGACAGAAAGAGGGAGCUGUUGCUUCUGUUUUUCCCUAUUCUUUGCUAAUCUUAUUCUGUUCAUUGUUGCCAAGAGUGGAGUUUCUCCCCUGAGGUGUUUAGACCACAAGCAUUUGGUGGUCUGAUUUAUACUGUGGCCUGAGUGUUUACCAGAUCUCCUUUCAACUCAGCAUACGGAGGAAACCCCUUCCCCAGGAUUGUCUGAGCACCUCCCCCUACCCUGAGCUAGGCUGUCUGCCAUGGGGAUGGCCAAGCCCCUGCCUGGCAGAGGUCUGGAGCCAGCAUUCAGAGCUGGUCCAUCCUUACCUUGGGGCCAAGAUGGGUGUUGUUCUCCUGUCAGGGACUGGCUUUACACUAACUCCUGGGCAGUAGAAGGCCCUUCCACACCUGGGGCUGGACCAGGAGCCACCAGGUGUCUUCAACUUCAAAGAUUCCUGGGCCACCUCCUUUUGGGGCCUUAGUCCCAAGAGAGUCCCUAGCCAGGGAUACUGGUCUGAAAAAUCCAAAUCCUCCUCAAGUUUCAGCUUUGCCACCAACUCUAUGAGCUGAACAAGUCGAUGCAUCUCUCUGGGCCUCAGUUUCCCUUUUGUAAAACACAAGGGUUGUAUAGUGUCUGGAAUGAUUCUAACCUUUUGGAAUCCUAGAGGCUCAGGGGCUACUCAAGGUGAGCCUAGCGGGCCUGGGAAGAUGCUGCCAGUACAGAGGGCCCCUCCCCCAUGACCAGCAGGAAUGGGUAAUUAAGUAUUAUUAGUGUCUAUUCUUAAAAUUAAGUGGGUUGGAAAAGAAUCGAGUUACAGAUGCCAGCACCUUAUAUGGAAUACAAAUGCUGGAGAAAUCAAACCCUGCUUUUACAGGUAAGGCCUGCAGGUGCCAUAGGUGUAGGAAGGGCAGGAGGCCACACCUGCACUCUCAAGGGUGUUCUAGUCAAAAUCCAAGAUAGGAAAUGGGUAUAUUUUAAGGGGCAUAGGGACACAGUGUGGGCAGGGCAGCCAAUGAAGUUCCAGGCCCCCUGGGAGAAUACUAGACUUCCUGAGAUUUGGGGUCAGCCUUGGAUGAGGCCCUGUUAUUGACCAUGGUCUGUGUCCUCCUGCCCUCCCUGGGGCCAGCAUGCAGCACCCAGUCCUCACCUCUGCCCCUGCUGUGGCAAGUUUUGGCAUCCCUGCUACCUCAGCAGUAUUCCCAGGGCUGAGAGGACAGCUCUGGCCAUUCCUAGGCCUGGUCCUGACCCAAACUAUAUGGAAGCCAGGUAGGCCUAUGUAAAAUAAGCUGUUUAUGAUUUGAUUCUGCCUCUGUAGCCCAAAGGGGGCAACCCCCGAGUCCUGUGCUUUUGCCAAGACUCCAUAGCUUUGCCAAAUGCGCCGAGCUUUGCCAUUCAUGUGCCCUGCGGGCCUUGCCAACGGUUUAUCUGUGCACACCUCAGGGCUUCCUGGGAGUGUGUUCUUGUGUGACAGGGAGUCUUGUUCCAAGACAUGAUGACUGUUUCCCCUGGUCUUAGGGACAAGUCCCAAGGUGAAAAGGCCAGAAGGGUGGUCUCUUCCCAGGGACCCACCGUGCUGAAGUGUCAAUAAACCAUGAAUUCUGAGACUGUC